AUGCAGACAUCCACAAACCUGCAUGUAGUUUCUGGUGGGCGGAUAACAAUUUCCCCUUCUGCGUACUGUCCUGUGGCGCCCUUUGCCUCGGGUACUCCAUCCCGUUACAUGAUUAGGGAGCACAUCAGAGAGCUCAAAGAUCCCCACGCGAUGGCUUGUGUGGGCGGCUUCGUGUACCUGAUGAGCAGGGAUUGA